CGAUUUGUUGUCCUCCUUAUUUUACAUUUGAAGCUGUUUACUUAUUUAUGAUUUGAUAUAUUUAGACACGUUUGAUAACAGUUCACUUCUGUACAAGCGUCGUUGUCUUUUUUGGAAGGGAACGGUGGCAAAGAAGAUGGCUUUUCGCGGUGUUUUGCUGUGUUCAUUCGUCAGUUUUUUGAGUUCAGGAGCUCUCGGGUUCCAGGACGGGCAACCAAUGCGCUUUGAGACGCCGAAAAUGAAUGAAGAGGAACAACAUUCACCGCACACUCCUAAGUCCUUUGAGAUGACGUGUGAUGCUUGUACCGCGAUCGCUUAUCAGAUGAGCCAAGCUUUGCAAAAAGCUGAAGAAAAGAGGCCAUCCCUGAAAGGAAAGCCUUUGCCAGAGUCUGAUAUCCUUGAUGUGUUUGAAACUGUUUGUGACAAGUCGUGGGAUGACUAUGGCUUAAAGACAGUUCAUGGAGUGAACCGUUUGUCUGGACCAGGUCUUGAAGCUAAGGACUUUCCUGGUAUGAUGCAAGGUGGUGGAAAAUGGCCAGGCAGACUUGCUCAGAAGUGUAGUAAUUUGGUUGGAGACAUUGGAGAAGAGGAACUUUAUAUGGAGUACAGAAAAUCGAAGGAUCUACUCAACUACUUGUGCAACGAAUAUACUAAGGACUGUGUGAAAAAAGAGAAGCAAGAAUUAUGAUAUCGAAGAAUGUUCAAAUGUGUUUCUAUUUGGGUAUUAAGUUUAGUUGUGGCUGUAUUCUUACAAGUAUUCUGCAACCAGAGAGCUUAGUCAGUCAUUUUAUAAUAAAAGAACUUUGAAGUUUUCAAGCCACCAGUGAUCCUUUCUAAUUUAUUUACUUUAAUCCCAGUCUGUGACCAUUUUCAUUUAGCCACAGUUUAUAUUAAUUGCACUUGAAAGUUCAGUCCUUUCACAGCGAAUGAUUGGUUUUACUGCUGUUUUAGUGAGAAGUGCUUCGUUGCAUUAACGAUGUCAAUAGCAAUCAUAUUAGUUAAGUUAAUUGCUUUCUUUUCCUUCACGCUGCAUGUAGUUUUAAAAAAUUGUUGCAGCUCAUUUUACCAUUUUGAAGAUUUUACUUGCUUGCACUUUGAGCAACUCUACGAUGAAGAUUAAUAUUUGCUGCCUUUGUGUGCUCAUGGAAUAAAUGAAGAAUCAUUUUAA